UAUAAAAUACCCAAACAAAGGACGAUGUCUGCCCCUUCUUCAUUUCUCGAUUUCACUUAUUGCCAUGAAGUUCCUUGCUGCUCUCGUCCACGCCGCCGUCGCCGCCGACGCCGCUGCGUCUAAAGUGGCGUUUGACAACCCCCCAUCCAUCACUGGACUAAGCCAUCACGGCUUCCGCAUCGCCUCAGAGAUAACAUGGGCGGUUCGAUUCCGCACCCAGGCGUUAUCAGGAGCUCAUGACAACGCUCCCGGUGUUAGAGCCACCUCAACUCUGACCCUGAAUUCUUUCAACUUUACCGUCGAACCGUUGGAAUUUGAAAGAGUUCCCUCCCACCCGUCGAUGUGGUUUCGACCAGAGUUGUGCCCAUCCGUCAACGACCUUCCCCAUUGCACCGAGUCAAUCGCCUUUGGGUUCAUCUCCAUCAGUGACCCCGUCGAUGGGGCCAAAUACAAAUACCAAUGGACCCCCAAGCCCCCUAUUGAUGUUGCGUUCAACACCACUUACUGGUUCACGGUGAACUCUACCAGAAAAACCUGGGCCAAGAGCCCCGUCUGGGUGGACGGCUACAAGAAGUUCGUCUCCAACAACGACCCCUUAGGGGACGUGAGGCUCGCAUUUAACAGGAACGAUGGCGACCCAUGGAAAUUGAUUCCCCUCAGAGAUGGCCGCAGCACCCCGUCCCUCCAAGUGCAUGCUACGCAUAGUUCUUAACAGUGUACUGUUGCUGCCAGCCGUGACAGUGGGGGGUUGAAACGAAGGCAAGGCUUGUCGGGCGAUAACAUUCUGCCACUUCUACUCGCUAGUUACCAUCGGUUGGCCCUAACUCCAUAAAACAGAUGUUCGUAGUUGUUGCAAA